AUGAUUCACGACUUUCCUUUCGUCUUCUCAUGGUCUUAUUUGUUUCAGCAGACCGUCAAGCCUUUCACCACCAGGUUCCAUGAGCUGCAGAAACUGGAUAAAGAUUAUUUCGAGUCUCUAAAACCUGCUGAGAUGCUUAGUACAGCCACCAAAAUCUUAGCUUCUCUCGGCCACGAAUCCUCAGGGAAAUGGCUUGGUACCAGGCAGAUUCGCUGGCCAACAAAAGGAGCCACUUCUGGCAAGGACAAGAUGAGUUCUGAUUCCAAAAGUGUUGUGGAACUAAACAUUGGUGUCUCGAGAACAAUGCUCAAUGCUAAGUAUACAACUGUUUACAUUGGGAAUCUUGAUACCGAGGUUUCCCAGGUUGAUCGUCACCGCCACUUCUUUUCUCUUGGUGCUGGAGUUAUUGACGAGGUUCGUGUUCAAAGAGACAAAGGUUUUGGAUUUGUAAGAUACUCUACUCAUUUAGAGACCGCCUUUGCUAUACAGCUGGGAAAUACACAUUCCUACCUCGGUGGUAUGCACUUAAGGUCCUAA